AUGACUGAGUUUGACGAUUGCAGUCACGGCACAUCCAAUAUGUAUCUGCCAGGGUGCACUUAUUACGUCUCACCCUCAGAUUUCUCGACGAAAUCCUCUUUUUUGUCGCAAUCGUCGUCCUGUCAAAUGACUUUUCCUUAUUCUUCUAAUUUGCCUCAUGUCCAACCUGUGCGCGAAGUAGCAUUCAGGGAAUACGGAUUAGAGCGCAGCAAAUGGCAAUAUAGGGGCAGUUAUGCUCCUUAUUACUCAGCUGAAGAGGUGAUGCACAGAGACUUUCUGCAGCCUGCGAACAGGAGGACGGAAAUGUUAUUCAAAACGGACCCUGUCUGCGGCCACCACGGACCGUCUCCCGCUGCCUCCAACUUCUACAGCUCGGUGGGGAGGAACGGCAUCCUGCCGCAAGGAUUCGACCAGUUUUACGAGACAGCCCAUGGACCCCAAUACCAGCAGCACUCCGAGGGCGAGGGGGACGUGGACAAGGGCGACUUGAAAGCCCAGAACAGCACUUGUAGUAAAACACCUUCCAGCCAAGAGAAGAAAGUGACACCAACAAACAGCGCCGAUUCCCCUUCUGGUGAGGCUGUUGCAGAGAAGAGCAACAGUUCAGCAAUUCCCCAGCGAUCAAGGAAAAAGAGGUGUCCCUAUACUAAAUAUCAGAUAAGAGAACUGGAACGAGAGUUUUUCUUCAACGUGUACAUAAACAAAGAGAAAAGACUGCAGUUGUCUAGAAUGCUCAACCUUACUGACCGGCAAGUUAAAAUCUGGUUUCAGAAUCGACGGAUGAAAGAAAAGAAAUUGAACAGAGAUCGACUCCAGUAUUUCACUGGGAAUCCCCUGUUUUGA